AUGAACAGAGAAAACUUAUCAAAGUUGCCUGGUUCAAAUAAUGCUCUUGUUGAUGAGUGAACAAAUAGAAUCAGGAAGCAGAGGAAAGAUAGUAUUGAGAACGUUGACCUUCAAAGUGUCCUUUCUUAUUCUUCCAGGAUUAGUAACGGAUAUUAUGAAGGCAGAAAAGCCAAUUAUAGGAAUCCAAAGCCUUUUAGAAACCAGAAGAUAGCAGAUGAUGAGGGAACGUGCAGAUCUAUGGCAAGCGAGUAUGAUUACAAAAAUCCAAGAGCUUUAAAGAGAAAAGCACCUUCUACCUCUCACAGUAGUAGAAGAAGAAGACUAAUUGUUGGAUUUAAGCAAGAAAAAUGUGAAACAAUAAAAUCACAGGAAGAAUUCUCUAACAAAGAAGAUAAUCAGGCUACUAAAAUAAAAACUCGAAAAUAUGUUAAAGAUGAAGAGCAAGAAGAUAAAGAAGAUUAUCAAAAUAAAAUAACAAAAGAUCAAAGCUCAGAAAAUUCUCAGGAUGAUGAAAAAGACGAACUAGAUAAAGUAGACACAAAGUCUUUAGAAUCUGUCGAUACACCCAGGCAUCAAUCAGAUAAAGAAAGUGAGCUUCAGAAAGAUAAAGUUAAACUAAAGAAAGUCCAUGAGACAAUUAAACUAAAAGCAAAAGCAAUCUUAGAAAAGAUUAAGAAUACACCAAAAUAAGAAAAUGAUAUUUUACCCUCAACAAAAAUUAUCCAGUUGAAGCAGAGUGAGUGCAGAUAAGCAAAAGCAAACUCAGUUUAAACGUCCCAAAAACACAAAAUUCGAAAACCUCCAGACUUAUGACACUCCUCAGAAAACUUACACCGACACUGUACCCCAAAAUCCCUCCAUCCAACCUCCUUACCCUCCAAACUCCCACUCUCGAACCUCUCACAACAAACUCCACUCCACCUGAAUGUACCGCACCCAAGCUCUUCCCAUCCUGAUCACUGACUCUGACUUCAAACCACGUAAGUGGAAAAUGGGUCUUCGUGACAAACUCGACACUAAAAAGAAGUACCAGACCAAUUCCCAAAAACGGCAAGAGAAGAUAGAUAGAACUAUCUUCAAGCAAGCCGUUAAGCAAAGAAUAGGAAUAAGGUUGAAUUAUCAGAACCAGAAGAUAUUGGCCCAGAUGAGGGCAAGCAAGAAGAGAAAUAGAGGACAUGGAAGAACCUGUUCAGUAGAGAAUGGUGUCCAGGAGGAUAAUAAGGGGUUUCCAAAGUCAACAAUUCAACAUAAUUUUGAUAGUAGUGUGUUUAGGAAUUUUAGGGUUGAUAAGUUUACCUUCAAAAAACUAUCAAGCUUUGGAGCCUACUGCAAUGCUCAGAACUCAAAUGGAGUAUUUAUAAAUCCUCCAGCUACAGGAAUUUAG